AUGAUUACCAACACCCCUUCAAAAUCUUCUCUUUUUUUAGUCCUCAACCUGGCACUGCUGGUCCUUGGCCAAGGCACACAAUUCAUCACUGGACCCUGCACGAGUGAUGCCGAUUGCGCCUCCAGCUGCUGCGGCUUCAACUCCGGCCUGUGCGCCGGCCCCGUGAUAGCCCAGACGCGAGACGGAGGAUGUGGCUUUGGCGAUGCACAGCCAAAUGACAUCGCCGCCCAAGCCUUCUUCAGCUCCCAGUCAGCAGCAGCAGCAGGUGCGACAUCACCUGCAACUGCUGCUCCCGCCCCGGCCGCUACUACGGCCGCUGCUUCAGGAUCAAACAACGGCAACGUCGGUACUGGAACGCAAUUUAUCACUGGGCCUUGCACGAGUGACGCAGACUGUGCCUCUGGAUGUUGCGGCUUCAACACUGGCAAGUGCGCUGGUGCCAUUGUCGCCCAGGAGCGAGAUGGCGGAUGCGGAUUUGGCGACGCCCAGCCAAACGACAACGCUGCAAGGAUCCUUCGCGGAGAACAACCCACCUCGGCUGCCAGUUCUGCACCGGCCCCAGCGAAUUCUGCCUCCACUGGUACCAGCACCAGCACGUCUGGCUCUUCGUCCUCUGGGUCAGGAACCAUCGACACAUCUAUCCCAGGCUCUCAAAACGUGGGCAAAGCCAACGGCUCGCAAUUCAUCACAGGCCAGUGUUUCAGCGACGCCGACUGCGCUUCUGGAUGCUGUGGAUUCAACACCGGCAAGUGCGCGGGUGCGAUCAUCGCGCAGACUAGAGACGGAGGGUGCGGCUUUGGAGAUGCUCAGCCAAAUGACAACGCAGCGAAGGCAUUGACCGGGGGAGCGAAGAAGAGGAGAGGCAUCGGAGCUGUGAGGGAGUACAUGGCAUGA